AUGGUAUGUCAAUUGAUAAUUUUCCUCGUAAGACAAUCCCUAAGGCUCCCUAAGUCUAUUUCCUCCCCUUCAAGGUCAAGGUCGAACAUCUCCGACCCAAACCUCCUGGUUUCUUCGACAUUUUAUCUCGGCGCUCACAGACGCUCCGAUUCUGAUGUCGUCUUUCGGUCGAUGGACUCUGUUCUGUUCUACAUCAACUCAGACGAAUUGGCGAGUGUCUCUAGCACCGCUUUUUUUGCGCAAAUGAGAGUUCACAGUCACUUUAAUGGAGUGAUCGACAUCCCAGACAAUGCGGACGUUCUGAGCACCAUCCUGUGCGUCUUGUACGACGUGCCGUGCGGGGGUCGUUCACCAGCGCUCAACGACCUGGAAAAGGCGAUAGAUCGGAUGACGACGCACGGUGUUAUCCCGAAGGCGCAUAUUCUGCCUUCAACGCAUAUCCACGCCCUCCUUCUGUCGCAUGCGUCGGAGAACCCAUUGGUGCUAUAUUCUCUCGCUGCACACCAUGGCCUUGAUGAUCUUGCAACGAGCACGUCGGCACAUCUUCUUUCCUGGUCGUUACGCGAUAUCACAGAUGAUAAUUCCAAGCGCAUGGGGCCGAUAUAUCUGAGGCGUCUUAUGAAUCUCCAAAUGCAACGAACGGAGCUCCUUAAACGUCUCCUCAUGCAGCCUCCAGACGCCCACCAACCCAUUAGGGUGUGUGGAUACGCAGAGCAGAAGAAAGUCUCGGACGGGUGGAUGAUGGUAGCUGCGCCUCUGCUGUGGUCGGUUAGGCCCGAAUUCCCAACGGACGCUAUUCAAAUGGCGUUUUCUGUGCUGGAGGAUGGUUUAAUUUGUGAAAUGUGUCGCAUUUGUUUGGAUGUGAGGGUUAAGGAUGUGCUCCUGCAGUGGUCAUCUGCGAAGAAGACAAUUUAG